AUGAUCAUCUCCCACAUCCCUCAACCGCCGCGACACCACGUCUCUCUUUUCGAGCAUAUCGAUCAGUCAAACGAGUUGGACGAUGAAGAAGUCUCCAUGAAUCUUACCGAUGACCUGGACGCAGACAUUCCGCCCUACGCAAUCCUCUCACAUACAUGGGGACCUGAUCAGGAGGAGGUGACUUUAAAGGAUCUUGAAGAUGGAAUAGCCAGUAACAAGGAGGGCUACAUAAAGAUACAGUUCUGUGCGGAUCAAGUGCGAAAGGAUGACCUGCACCAUUUUUGGAUCGAUACAUGCUGUAUCGAUAAGACAAACCUGGUGGAACUCUCAGAAGCUAUCGUGUCCAUGUUUCGGUGGUACGCCAACGCAGAAAGGUGCUACGUGUUCCUGUCCGAUGUAUCGGCUUGCAAACGGGACAGCACUGGAAGCACUGGAAUCUGGGAAUCCGCCUUCCGGAGAAGCAAGUGGUUUAAACGGGGCUGGACACUGCAAGAACUGCUUGCUCCGCGAAGAGUCGAUUUCUAUUCUCGGGAAAGAGUGUGGCUGGGCGACAAAGAUACGCUUGAGCGGGUCAUCCACGACGUAACACGUAUCCCUGUAGAAGUUCUCCGUGGAUGCUCUCUGGAAGAUUUCAGUCCCGAGGAGCGGAUGCGAUGGUUAGCUGGACGUGAGACUAAGAAGACGGAAGAUAUGGCAUAUUGUCUCUUCGGGAUUUUUGAUGUGUCUAUGCCUAUUGUCUAUGGUGAAGGAGACAGAGCUUUUGACCGGCUGAAGGAUGCAAUCGCCAGAGACUAUCGGAGGCAACUCGAGGGCAUCGGGCAAAGCCUUGUCCACUCACACUCUAGUAGUCUUAUUGUACGCGGCUCUGGUCGAUCUUCGACGCCUACGGAAGGAGCAAGGCUGGUCAACCAUCGAAAGACAAUGCUGGCUUCCCUGGGCUUUGAGCAAAUGGAUUCACGGCGAUCUACGAUCAAACCGGCCUAUUCCUCAACAUGUCAGUGGCUGUUGAAGCACUGUGCCUACCUGGAUUGGAUUGAUCCCGAGCAACUAUCCCAACAUUGUGGGUUCUUAUGGAUCAACGGGAAGCCUGGCGCGGGAAAAUCGACCUUGGUGAAGUUCGCUCUCGCGAAUGCCGACAAAGCAAGAUCGGAGAGUGAAAUUAUUCUCUCGUUCUUCUUUAACGCUAGAGGGGACGAGCUCGAAAGGUCAACGAUUGGCAUGUACCGAGCUCUACUAUUUCAGCUCCUGACCAAAAUGACGGACCUGCAGGACCUUCUGGAUGAUGUGAAUAAUAUAUCGGGUCAAGGGGGAUCCUCGGCCUGGACAGUCGAAACGCUGUGUAGACUUUUGUCUGCAGCUACCGCACGCCUUGGGCACCGACGAAUCAAGUGCUUCAUCGACGCCCUCGACGAAUGUGACGAGGAGCAGGUUCAGGAAAUGGUUUUCUUUUUCGAAGAACUAUCACAAACAGCGCUCGAACGCGAAGCCCAGCUCUAUGUAUGCUUCGCCAGUCGCCAUUAUCCAACUAUCGAUAUUCGGAACGGGCGGCAGUUGACCUUGGAAAACGAAGAAGGUCAUGCUCACGAUUUGGCGAAGUAUGUACAACGACAUCUCCGGGCUGGCGCACGGAGAGACCUCGAGGAAGUCAGAGUGCAAAUACAGGAGAAGGCAAAUGGUGUCUUCAUGUGGGCGGUUUUGGUCGUCCCUAUCUUAAACGAUGAAUACAAGAGCGGGCGAAUUCCGGCCGUCAAGAAAAGACUGCAAGAAAUACCUGACAAGCUCAGUGACCUCUUCAGAACCAUUUUGAGGAGAGAUUGUGCUAACAUGAACGACCUAUUACUUUGCCUUCGUUGGAUAUUGUUUGCUAAACGGCCGCUGAGGCGAGAAGAAUUUUACUUCGCGAUGUGGGCUGGUCUUGAUCCUGACUCUGAUGCCAUGGCAGUCUGGGACUCUGAGCACAUCACCGUGGACGACAUGAAUCGAUUUGUGCUCAGCUCUUCGAAAGGUCUCGCUGAGCUGACCAAGUCAAAGACGCCUACUGUGCAGUUCAUUCACGAAUCAGUGCGAGAUUUCCUCCUGAAGGAUAAUGGUUUGUGCGAACUGUGGCCGGAUCUCGAAAACAAUCUUUACAGCACCAGUCAUGAUCAGCUAAAGCAAUGCUGUCGGACUUACCUGCAUGUCGACGUAUCUGGUCUUGUACCAUCUGAUCAACAUCUUCCAAAGGCUUCUUCUGAAUCCGCAAAGAAUCUCAGACAAGCGUUGACAAACAAAUUGCCAUUUCUCGACUAUGCAAGCCGUUAUGUGUUAUGCCAUGCUGAUGAAGCCGCCACAGGAGUUUCACAAGAUGACUUCUUGAGAGAUUUUGCCCUUGGCUCCUGGGUUAAGAUCCAUAACCUGCUAGCACCGUACGACACCCGCCGGUACACGUCCGCUGUCACCCUGCUCUAUAUACUUGCCGAGAAAAACUUGGCAAUGUUAGUAAGGACGACUUGCAAGGAUGGCGCAAAGAUGGGUGUCCGUGGAGAACGAUAUCAGUUUCCUCUUUUCGCCGCAUUGGCAAAUGGCCACCGCGAUGUGGUUCGAGCACUGUUACAACAGAAUGGAGAAGCUCCAACGGAAGAUAUCACCGCCGACCUUGAGUUUAGCCGGGCUUUUUCGGCUCGAAAGGACCAUACACCACUUUCCUGGGCACUUGAUAGAGGGCAUAGGGCUCUUGCCGAAGUACUUAUGACUUUCACGGAUAUCAAUUGCAAUCUAAAGGGCCUUGAGGGUCGAACCGUACUGUCACUAGCGGCUAUCCAUGGUCACGGCAGAAUAGUCAACUCGUUGUUGGCAAUCGAAGGAGUUGACGUCAAUUCAACUGACAAGUCUCGUCGAACGCCGCUCUCAUACGCCGCGGAGCGAGGGCAUCAAGAAGUUGUGCAGAUUCUCCUGGACAGGAAUGCUGAGCUUGAAUUGAAAGAUUUCACCGGCAAGACGGCUCUACAUUGGGCAGCUUCGGGAGAGUCUGACACCAUCGUGGAGUGUUUACUAGCUAAGCACGCUAACAUCGAAGCCACAGAUAGCCACGGCAUGACAGUCUUGAUGUGGGCAGCCAAAUAUGGGCAAGAAUCUAUUGUGCGGCUGUUGCUAGACGAGGACGCUAAUAUCGAAGCGACGGAUAAGAUUGGCAAGACAGUCUUAAUAUGGGCAGUCCAAAAUGGACGAGAAUCUAUUGUGCGACUAUUGCUAGAUAAGAACGCAGAUAUCGAAGUUACAGACAACGACGGCAUGACAGCCUUGAUAUGGGCAGCUCAAAAUGGGCGAGAAUCUAUUGUGCGGCUGUUGCUAGCCAAGGACGCUAAUAUCGAAGCCACAGGUAGCGACGGCAUGACAGUCUUGAUGUGGGCAGCCAAAUAUGGGCAAGAAUCUAUUGUGCGGCUGUUGCUAGACAAGGACGCUAAUAUCGAAGCCACGGAUAAGACCGGCAAGACAGCUCUACUAUGGGCAGUGACAAGACGACAAUAUACAAUUAUCGACCUAGUCACGGCUAGGGGCGCGAAUAUCGAUGUGCGAGAUGAACAUGGCCGGACACCACUGUCACAUGCGGCAGAAAACGGAGACAAACACUCUGUCCAAUUAUUGCUUGCACGGCACGCCAAUGUUACUGCUGAAGAUGAGAAUGGCAGAACGCCAUUAUUAUGGGCUGUAGGAGAUGAUGUAGCAACCCAUUUUUCUGCGACAACACAGUUAUCGCUUGCUACAAGCACAGCAGCCUGUCGUGCGCUUCUAGAUAACGAGAUGCAAUUAAGGCUUCUCGAACAGCAGAACAAGAAAAUGUUCAUGAUGGCAAGGGGAGAACAGGACGAGUUACGCCGACCACCAGUCGGCACUGUUAAGCUACUAUUAACGAAGGAUAGCAAGGUCGAUGCCAGAGGAGUCAGUGGCAAGACUGCCCUCAUCUUGGCGGCUCAGAAAGGAUUCACUGCUGUAGUGCGGCAGCUCCUUAGGAAUAAUGCCGAUGUGGAAGCGAGGGACAACUUUGGCAGGACGGCCUUACUAUGGGCAGCUGAAACCGGGCGAACUGAAAUUGUUCAACAGCUGCUUGAUAUGGGUGCCAAUACUGAAGUAGAAGACCAUGAAGGGCAAACGGGUAUAGCGUUGGCGGGUAAGAAUCAACAUGUUGGGAUCGUCGAGCUACUACAACAGCCCACAACGAACUAGGAGUGGUAUGCGAGGCGCUCCAGUCAGUGCAGGAUCGAGGGAAGUAUGAAGAGGCGGAGGCGAUGAACCAACGACAGGAGAUUUCCAGCGGGCCGUUGCUGGCUUUGACAGGGUGCUAAGGCCAGAUAAUUCCAGCAUCACGACUUGUCGAGAAUAUCUAUACCAACAAGAGUCGAUGCGUCUGCGCUUCUUCGAAUGCUUCUUCUCUCAGUCCUUCGCAUUCUUCUAUUGUUGAAUUCCUAUGAAUAUGAUUUCUGGAGUAUUGUAUGCCUACUACUGGAACUCAGAGACAUCCUGACAUGCAAGUACAACCUGACAACAUGCUCUGCAAGAU